AUGGCUCGUAGCUCAGUGUGGAGUAUCACUCAAAGAGCAAACACUGAUCUUCAUCUAUUCGCGACGGUUAUAAUUAUUAAAAGUAGAGUGAUCCUUGUACUACAGCUUUAUGACAAAAUUAAUCCUGAAAAGUUAUCUGUAGAAUCCCAUUUCAUGACUGAUCUGGGACUCGAUUCCCUCGACCAUGUUGAAGUCAUUAUGGCUAUGGAGGAUGAAUUUGGUUUUGAAAUACCUGAUGCUGAUGCAGAGAGGCUUGUUAGACCAAAAGACAUAAUCCAAUAUAUUGCUGAUAAGGAAGAUAUUCACGAAUAAAUGUGAAGCCAUUGAUGUUUAUCUCAAGAAUUUAGAUCAAUAAUUUUUAUUGUGAAUAAUUUCAUCACUUGAUAAUAUAAGA